AUGGUCAAAGAGACUCCAGAGCUAUCUAGGUUGGAGCAACUCUCCCCGGAGCUUCGCCUCUCCAUCUUGACCACACUGAAUCUGGACCAAGUAAAGAACUUGAUCAAGUCCUGCCCGACAUUUUACCAACAAUAUCGGCACGAUCACAAAUUCAUCUUAGGCAGCGCCUUGCACACAACGCUGGGAUCGCUCGCCGUUGAUGCCUAUGCAGUCCACCUGACCAGCCCGGCCAACUUCGACCGCGUCCAUCGUGAAGAUGCCAUUCCCCGAUUCCUCAAAGACUAUCAGCGACUCCGCUCCUCGCCAAAUUUUUCAUUACUAGAAGAAGGCCUGCCGGGAAAUAACAUGAGCGACUUGGCCGUGUUCUAUUGCUUCGUUGUUCAGCCCUUCACGGAAAUGUACAAAAGUUGGGCAUUCACCAACAUCGCAAACGACUUCAAGGAGCCCAAGACGGCAGCCCGAAACCCUCCUCUGACUCCCACCGAGGAAAUGAGGAUAAUGCGAGCCUUGUAUCGUUUCCAGCUCUGGUGUAACCUAUUUGGCCACUCCGAUUCUGGUUUCGUCGAGGUCCGCAUAUUAGACAUGUUCUUUGGUCUGUACGAGCCCUGGGAAGUGGAGGAGAUCAAUAGUGUUCACUCUUUUGCCACGGAUGGGUUUUACACAGACCUACCCUUACUCUGGGAAUGGGACGUCAGUAAUGCUCGUAUCUUUGCUGCGGAUGAGUUUUAUAUCGAAUUUGAGUCCACCUAUCAGGGCGCACAGAAGGAGCGAGGUGGAAAAGAGUGCAUGAAAGUGAAAUGUAUCUUCCAUGGGCUUGAAAUGUUGCCCACGCCGUCUACCCAGCUGAACGCGCUCUAUAUCAGCCUUUUUAAUACUAUAAACCCAUGCGAGUAUAGCCGUUAUAACCGCCUGGGUAGAGUUUUACGACAGGACACACACGUUGAUCGGCGAAUCCAUUAUCCGUCGCCUCGAGACCAGCGGGAACGGGAUCAAGAACCAUUCCCUUUCAAGGGCGACGACCCAGCCCAACCACCAGUGGCUGGGACACAGACGUGGAAGGGCGAGCAUAGCAACCUUUUUGGGGGGUUUAUGCCAGACAGUACUCAAGAAUGGGGUUUGAUGAUGUGGGAUGAGGCACGGUUCAGGGAGUUUGGAUUUUACGACGUUGUGCGGUACACGUGCAGAGACAAGUGGGGGAGUAAUGACCCAAGAGAGAGAUUUAGGGAUCAGGAAGAGGAUGAUCAGGAAGAUAGUGGAGGUGACUGGUACUGA